AAUUUGUGGAAGGUUUCAGCUGACGAUAUUUCACGUGCUUGCUUGCUGAAUUCCUGUCCUGGGAGAUUCAGGGGCAUUUUUAGGCGAAACCAGCAAGAAUCGUCGCGUUUAUACGCAAGGUUCAGGCGCCAGAAACCCAAACCUCAGAGAGGUGCAAGGUUGAGCUAGAGCUGGAAUUAAUGAGUCUACUCGUUCAGCAGCCAUCACCUCUAACCGGGAUAACAAUGACGCCUGUUCAACAGAUGGACCAGAGGCCCGAUCUCCAAGCUGUGAACAUUUCAUGUCAAUCCCCUUCUCGACCUAAAUCCCUACCAGUGUUAGUCUCCAGUGACGUCCCUGCAACUUCGAAGGAGAACAUUUCCAGCUCAGCACUUACCUGCAGCGCUGAAAGCAAGCCGAUGCCGGAGCUGAAACCAGUGCUUGAUUCCCAGCUGCAAAAUUCCCCGCAACUGAUGGCGUGUCAACCGCACAGUCAGCAAGCUGAUGGCUCUCUGAACAUCCAUUUGCAAUCCGCUCCCACCUCUACCCUGAACCAGUCACAGACAACGCCGAAGCCUAUCGAUUCUCCAUUCUCUCCAGACUAUUCCCCGUCUUCAACUCCCAGGACGCCGGGAACCUCCAGCUCGUUCCGAUGCUCGCCUGUGCGAAAGCUUCCCGCGCUUUCACCCAUCGCGGAAGUCCGCUCUCCACACAUGAUGGGGGUUCCGGUUUCACCUCAGGCGCUCGCGACCCCCGUGUUCUCGUCGAUCCCGCCGCUGACAAACAUUAGCCCUGAUAGUCAAGCUGUUUCAUCAGACCCCGCCUCGUCUGCAGAUCCUAACGCAGGCCCUUUCACAAUAAGCCAGUGGCAACAACUGGAGAAGCAAGCUCUGAUCUUCAAGUAUCUCGUAUCUGGUGUUUCGCCUCCACAAGAUAUCGUCUCGUCUCUUUAUUCAACCCCGGAUACUACUAAAGGUCCUCGGGAAAGCGAGCGAGGCGAGUGGAUGCACCCGAUGAGGCUUGACUUGGAGCCUGACAGAUGCCGCCGUACAGAUGGGAAGAAAUGGCGAUGUUCUCGAGAGGCUGUCAAGGAUCAGAAGUAUUGUGACAGGCACAUGCAUAGAGGAAGAAAUCGAUCGCGGAAGACCAAUGAAAACUGCACUGCAGGCUCCACUGCUUCCAUUGCUGCUGCGUCGUCAGAUGGGUUGGCGUCAGAAGCAGCAGGCGGAAACAACGCUGUGACAAGCCGCAUUGCCGAGAGUGUCAACAUGCGAACGAUGCAAAACGAUGACCAUGCAGUCCUCUCUAUCUCGGGGCGCAAGCAUGACUCGAGAUGCGAAUCAAGCGCGCCAGGAGGAGAAAGUUCUGCUCCACCUCCGCUGACGUUACCUCCCCCAGUUCAUCCAAUGGGCGCAGCACAAGUGGAGCCAUCAGGACUCAACUCGGGAGCCACCGCAACACCAACAUGGCAGACGGCUACAUCAACCUUCCAGUCGCAAGCAGUACAGCAGCAGCAGCAGCAAGAGCAGCACACGAUGCAAUACCCACCUCAAGAGCAGCAGCCUGUGCCUCAGUCUGGAAGGUUGAAUCAAAGCAUCAGCUGCAGCACUCCCAGUCGUGUUCAGCAGUAUCAGCUCAGUGCCAACCUCGGUCCUCGCUUCACCUCCUCUUUCCAGCCUGGGCAGCCGCUGCAACAUGAAAAUACCACGACUGGGACUCCACCCGCAUCCAGAUCCCUAGGUGUCAGCUCAAGCAUCGUGGGUCUGAACAGCGGACCUACGCCGUCUGGUAACCACGGGACAGCAGGCGGGCAGCUCCAGCCAGGACACUAUCAGAUUCAGCAUACCCCAAGGGCCGCUAUCUGGGAGAAGGAUGGAGAUGAUGACACCUCUGGAAGCUGUUCAAGAGUUCCACUUCUUCGUCUGCCAAGCAUGUUGCAGAGAUCGGCAUCAUUGCAACUUGCUUCAUCCUAUUCAGACAAGCCAUACGCGGGGCAGCAUCUGAGCUAUGCUGCAACUCCUACGACAACGAACUCUUCAAGUCAUCCUGCUUCAACUCCUGUGGCGGGUAGCUCUUCCAGUCGUCCUGCCUUUCUCACGAGAUGCAGCUCGGUCCCUGAGCCUCGUUAUGCCCGUGCUGGAGGGAUGAUGCGGAGCCACUCCAUAUCUGAGGCUCCGUGUAAGGUGGCCCUUUCAACCAACCCCUCGUACCAGAGCCCUGCUAGCCUCUCACAAUGCCAGCAAAUGUAUCAGCAGCAGGCCCAGUCCCAGACUCCUCGCAUGCAAACUCCCGUGCAAUACCAGUCACAGCAGCAGCAGCAGCAGCAGCAGCAGCAGCAGCAACAGCAAUUCCAGCAGCAUCAAGGACAGCAACACCAACAGCAGCAUCAGACACAGCCCUCCCAGCAGCAGCAGCAGCAGCAACAACAGCAGCUGCAUCAGCAUAAUCAGUACCAACAACACUAUCGACAGAAUCCGUACCAGCAGGAGUACCAACAAAAUCAGUACCAACAGCAGAGUCAGCAAGACCUGUACCAGCCGGAGCAGCAGCAGCUCCAGCACCAAAACCAGCACCAGCCAUUAUCUAACCAGCAGUGUCAGCAGAACCAUAAGUAUCACAACCUCCAGCCGCAGCAGCAGCAGCAGCAGCAGCAGCCAUCACAGCCACUGCUGCAGCAAUCACUGCCACCACAGGAGCAGGAGCAGCAGCAGCAGCAGCAGCAGCAGCAGCAGCAGCAGUCACAACCUCAAGUGCAGCAGCAGUACCAGCAACAUCACCAAAAUCCACUUCUGGAUGUUCCGUCAUAUCAGCAAGGCAACAACUACUAUGAACAGCAACCGGAGCAUCUGCAGAUGGAGUCAGUUGACAUCUUCUUGAAUGUUGACAGGUGACACUUGUGCUGAUUAACCCUUUGUUGUGCACAAAAGACGCUUACCACUAGCUAACAAAUGGCCAGUGUAAAGUGAUGUGUGUCAGUCAAUGGAAGGAAGGGGCUGAGGAUGCGUGUGAGGUCAAGCCAUAUCGACUCAACAUCCCUUCCUAAUCAAUCUUUGUCAUAGCUGUUGUUAAUCAGAUUAAAGAACGUGACGACGA